AUGCAAUAGUAAACAAUAGAGGACUUGGCAGAGAAGGAAGCAGAGAUAAAGGAAGCAUUUGAAAUAUUUGACAAAAAUAAAUCCAAAAGUAUAUCUGUUUAGGAAUUAACUUCAGUUUUUCGAUCUUUGGGUUACAAUUUCUCUUAGGAUGAAAUCUAAUCGAUGGUCAAAGAAUUGAGGCAAACUUAGAAGGUAGAAGGAGCAGAAGAUAAAGAAUUAAAUUUUGAUGAUUUCAAGAACUUGUUAUUAAUGCAGGAGGAGAAGGCAAAGAGUGGGGAGGAUGAUUUGAGAGAUGCCUUUGAAGUUUUUGACAGAGAUGCAAAUGGUUAUAUAGGUUUGGAGGAACUGAUGAUGGUAGCAAAGAGUUUAGGGGAGAAUAUCUCGGAAGAGGAUUUAAAAGGUAUGUUAUAGUAUGCAGCCAAUACAUCGAAUUAAAAGGAUGAUGAUAAGGAUAAAGCACCUCAAAUAAAUUUGUAGUAAUUUGUUGAAGCUUAUUUAAAAUGA